UGUCUUUGUCUGACAUCACCUAUAUGAACUCUUUGGGCAUCACACGUUUUUGCAGUUUGCACGUGUAUGUAAUCAGUUCGGCAAAUGGAUAUAAAUCUUUGAAUAGAAAAAUAAAUUCUUUUCUUGAGUGAUAUUAAAAAUGAGUAAAGCUAAUCUUAAGGAAGCAUUCGAAGUGGAGUGCAAGCAUGGAGCGUUUUAUACCGGUGGCAAUAUACAAUGGAAUGCAAAUGCAGAAUACUUAUUUUGCCAGAAAGGAGGCACCAUAUCCAUACUUUCAAUGAGUAAAGGCUCUGUGAUAUCUUCAUUAGGUACAACAGAGGCUGAUCAACAAGAGGAUACGAUAAAUUGUUUUGUUCUUUGUAACAAAGAUACAGGCAUAAUUACUCAUCACAAGAGUGGACUGUUCAAAUUGUGGGACUGGAAAACUAAUAAGUUAACAAAACUAUGGAAAUCUAUUCAUAAAGGACCUGUAAUGAGAAUAGCUCUUGCAGAUAAUGUUUUAAUGGCUUCUGGGGGGAGUGAUGGAUCUGUCAGAUUAUGGAAUUUACAACAUCACGCAUGUACACAUAAUUUCAAAGGAGUUCAAGGAGUAAUUAGCGUAUUGGAAUUUCACCCAAAUAGUGAAAAGUCACUUCUGUUUGGUGCUGGUGACAACACCAAGAUUUAUGGUUGGGAUAUCACUACUGGACAGGAAAAAAUUAUUCUCUCUGGACACUUUAGCAAAAUUACAUCUCUUAACUUUCACGAAGAUGGAAAUUAUUUAAUUAGCUCGGGAAGAGACAGAGUAUUGAUCUUAUGGGAUAUAUCGACUGGAACAUCAAUACGCGUUUUACCUGUAUAUGAAGGAAUUGAGGGAAUUUUUAUGAUAUCUGCGAAAUGUCUGCCGACAUUUAUUACAUUACGUAAAAGCGAUGGUAUAUAUGUUGCUUCGGCUGGUGAAAAAGGUAUUGUUAAAAUUUGGGAGAUGAAAACGGGCAAGCAGAUUUAUGCGCAAGACAAUUCUUUAGUACCACCGGCAAAGGAAGAAGGAGGCUUGUCAAUUACGCACUUACUUUACAACAGUAUCUAUAAUAUUUUUGCAGUAGUGUCUGUCGAUCAUAACAUAAUUAUUCAUUCAUUGGAGUUAUUCGAAUGCAAAAAGCAGUUGGUAGGCUACAGCGAUGAAAUUCUAGAUGUUGCGUAUAUUGGAGAUAAUGACAGCCAUAUCGCACUCGCGACUAAUAGUUGUGAUAUAAAGCUUUAUGAAAUUGAUUCUAUGAAUUGUCAGUUAUUGUGCGGUCAUACUGACAGUGUUUUGGCUCUUGCUACAACAUUGGCAAAUGUAAAUUUGCUUGUAUCUUCAGCCAAGGAUAAUAGUGUCCGCGUAUGGUUAUUGGAUAAAGAGACAAUGAGAAUGUCUUGCAUUGGGCAUGCUGUUAAACACACAGCAUCAAUCAGUUCUGUUGCAAUAUCUCAAACAUCACAUAAAUUCUUCACUUCUGUCGCUCAAGAUUCAUGCUUGAAACUGUGGCAAUUACCCAAUAAUCUCGAAUUACACGAUCAAGCUUUAUCAUUAAAUACAAGCCAUACAAUAUUAGCACACCAAAAAGAGAUAAACUGUGUAACCAUCUCUCCAAAUGACAAACUGAUUGCUACAGCGUCGCAAGAUAAAACUGCUAAGCUAUGGUCCGCUGAAAAUUUGCAAUUGCUCGGCGUGUUUCAUGGCCACCGGAGAGGCGUAUGGUGUGUUCGAUUUUCGCCGAUUGAUCAAGUCCUCUUAACAACAUCUGCUGACUGUACUAUGAAACUAUGGUCUUUAACAGAACUCAAUUGUCUCAAAACGUUUGAAGGACACGAAUCUUCCGUCUUAAGAGGAGAAUUUCUAUCACGCGGAUUGCAACUGAUUACGUCGGGUGGAGAUGGUCUUCUGAAAUUGUGGAAUAUCAAAACGUCCGAAUGCAUAUCUACUUUGCACCAACAUGAAAGCCACAUUUGGACGCUGGCAGUUACCAAGGAUCAGAAACAUAUUAUCAGCGGAGGUAGUGAUUCAUUGCUGGUCAUUUGGAAAGACGUGACUGAAGAGAGAAAAGCGCGAGCCGCGUCGGAAAAAGCGCAACUUGUGCUCGAAGAGCAAAAAUUGGCUAAUUUAAUUAAAGCUGAAGAACUUCAGGCUGCGUUACAAUUGGCUCUAAAGCUGGAACGACCAUUAAAAGUUCUCAAGAUUAUAGAAGCUAUAUUAAAGAAAGGAAACAACGAGUUUGUAGAAAUAAUAAAGGAAUUAAAACCAAUCCGCAAGGAAGCGUUACUCAGAUGUGCAGUUACAUGGAACACAAACAGCCGGAAUUCGCAUGCUGCGCAGAUGGUUAUAAAUGCCUUAAUAAUAGACAUUGGGACGCAAGAGCUGCAGACAUCAGAUUUAGCUUCCACUCUGGAAGUUAUGAUACCUUAUACCGAUAGACACUUUAAAAGAUUAACGAAACUUUUGCAGAAUCUUCAUCUAUUAACAUAUACUUUUAAUCGUAUGAAACCUGAUAUUAUAUCAAUUAAUACUAAAUAAGUUACACAUACUAUUAAUAUUACAUUACACACAUUGUACGUAUAUUAUA